AUGGCUGAGCGGAACCCCUGCCCCGGCACACAGGACAUCUCCCACUUGCUGGCAAGAACCUUUGAGGACGUGUACACUGGGGAUGUUUUUGGGGUGGAGAAGGAGGCAAAUUGGAUCAAAUCCCAAGGAGGAGAUGAUGCUUAUCAUGAGAGUUUUACAGAGGAGCUACAGAAGCUUCUUGCUGAGUAUGAGGCCCGACUGACAGAAGCUGACAUGGUAGAAGAGAACAUCAUUCAGGCCCAGGAUCGAGCAAAAGCUGAAGAAGAAAGAGCCCUAAACAUCCUGAAGGCAGAUGGAGGGGAAGAUUUCCACAAAAUAGGAUUGCCAUCAGUGCCAUCCUCUUUUAGGUGGAUUGUGGAUAAUGAACUUCUCAGAAAAAAUCAUUUAACCUGCCCUGAUGAUUACAUAACUGAUAAAUUACCUGUUACUACAGCACCAAAAGGAAAAUCAGAACCUGGCUACCUCAAAGAGACAAUUAGGCUUAAACAUCGUACUUCUUCAGGCUUGCAGGACCAGAUGCCUGCUGGGAUUAAAAAACUAGAGAAAACACCUGGUAGUCUGCCAAGUGUGUCUUUAGGCACAUUAACUCUUCCUUCAACUCCAGAUUCUAGUGCCUGGGCUAAAAAGACAAAAAAGAAACCUCAUGCCUCACAGAAGCUGCCCUGGAAGGACAGUAAGUGCAAAGCAGAGGGAGAAAGAGAACGUAGUUACCUUGCCAAACUGGAGAGAAUGAAGAAUUUCUUGAAGAAUCCCCGCUUUUUCCCACCUAAUGCUCUCCAGGGAGGCAAAUCUCUUGUCAUAUCACAAGAAGAGGUGGAACAAGCCAUAGCCAGAAGAAAAGCAGAAGAUAAGAAAGGUGAUACCUCCUUUGUUCCUCUCUUUCUUGCCAAACCACCUGUUGUUUUGUUUUCUGAUUAUGAACUUGGACAGAUUUAUGAGAUGACCAUAGAGCUGCAGAACAUCACCUCAACAUGUCAUCAUCUAAGAGUUAUUCCCCCCUCUACUUCAGCAUUUGCCAUUGGGCCAGGAAAAUUUCCAGGAGAGGGAGGAAUGGUUGCUCCUGGGAUGACAUGCCAGUAUACAGUCCAAUUUAUUCCUGAAAGCCUAGGAGAUUAUGAAGAUUGUAUACUAGUGGAGACUCAAGUGUCAGAACCUCUUCUGAUCCCAGUCCAAGCUAAAAGUCUACCUCCAGUGUUAACAUUGCCUCACAUUAUAGACUGUGGUUCCUGCCUUGUUGGAGCAAUUAAAGUAAUGAUGGUUUUGUGCAGAAAUGAGGGACUUACCACCAGGCAGUUCUGUGUAAUGCCAAAGAAAGACUCUCCACCUCCUAAUUUCAGGCCUGUUGCCACUGUUGGUUUUGUGAUACAAGAUCCUUUUGGGAUUCAUCCUGCGUUUUUUGAGCUAGCUCCAGGACAGAGCACAACAGUAGAGGUUGUGUUUUUCCCUUCUUCACCAGUAGUCUCACAGCAGACAUACAGCAUUGCUUGUGACAAUUGCCAAGUCACUGAUGUUACCAUCACAGGGGCUGGACAGCUGAUAGCUCUGGAGCUUGUGUUUGUCACAGGUGGAGAAAGCAUACCUGAACCCAGUGAGCUCACUGAUGCAACAGCCCAGCAUCUCAUCCGAUUUGAGCCCCAAAACCCACACACCACUGAGGAGAAGAAAUUAAUUAUAAGGAACUCUAGUCACGUAGAACUUCCUUUCUACUGGCAGAUAAUAAAGCCUAAUCUGAAACCAUUAGAUCCAGAAGAAACUGCAGACUUCACAAAGCUCAAAUAUGAUCAAGACAUAGAGUCAGCCUUCUCCCUAAAUCCUGAGCAGGGAUUUUUGCUCCCUGAUGCUGAUCAUGAGUUUAUUCUCACUUACACUCCACAGGAGCUGAAGAGUUAUCACAGUGUGAUUCAGAUGGUACUGAGGGACAUCCCAGAAUCACCUUGUUUAGGAAAAGAGAGGAUGCUUCAAAACAUCCCAGAAUACAAAGGAGAGGAUGUAAUAACAUUGGAAAUAGAAGUUAAGGGAUCAACAGAACCAUUUCAUCUUCUUCUGGAACCAUAUGCUAUUUUUAUCCCUGGAGAAAGCUUUAUUGGUGUUACUGUCAGGAAAACAUUUAAGAUGUGGAAUAACAGCAAAACAUUCAUCAAGUACACAUGGGAGAAAAUCAGUUCCUGUGACAUCAUGGAAGUUGAACCUCAUUCUGGCAUCAUAGAUAUGAAUGAGGGCUGUGAUUUUGAACUGGCAAUUACUGGAAGCAAACCUGGGUGCAUCAGCUGUAACCUGCAGUGUAAAAUUGAGCAUUCUCCAGAGCCAGUUGUGCUGCAUGUUGAGGCUGCUUUUAAGGGUCCACUUCUUUGUAUUGAUGUCCCAUCACUCUGGUUUGGUUUGGUUAAGCAGGGGGAGAGUGUGUUAAGAACCCUUGAGAUUAAAAAUCUGUGUCAGCUGCCAGCAUGCUGGAGAAUGCAAGAAAGUCAGGCUUGUCUAGCUGAAAGGAAUGAAGAGGUGUCUCCCUUUACCAUUUCACCUUCUUCUGGAGAAAUACCUCCUCUGGGUAUGUGCAGUGUGUCAGUUCAGUUCACAUCAAUGCUGUGCCAGCAUCUCCAGACAGUAUUAGAACUAGAGGUGGAAAAUGGAGAAAAAAGUCAUCUUCCUGUUUUUGUUGAAGUCCAGACCCCCCAAGUGUGCCUGAUAUCUAGUCAUCUAGUAUUCCCUGAAAUUUAUACUGGAGUUCCUGUCAAAGCAACCAGCAAACUUUUUAACCAGACACUGCUGCCAGCAAAAUACUUAUGGGGAAAGCUCAUUGGAAGGCAGGCAGCUUUCUGCUCCAUCUCUGUCUCUCCAGCCAGUGGCACCUUAGGCCCAAAUGAAGAAAAAGAAUUCUGCAUAGAGCUGUCAGCUAAUGUUGUGGGUGAGCUUAAAGACCUUGCCCUUUCCUGUAGCAUAGAAGACAUGACUGAACCCCUCUUUCUGAGCAUUUCUGGAGAAGUGAAAGGACUCUAUGUCACCUACUCCAUACCUUGUGACAGUGAAGCUGACAGUGGUGAAAGACAAUUGUUACAAAGCCCAUGUGAUCUUCUUUUGGACUUUGGAUCUGAAGUGGCAUUCAGUGAGAUAGUAAAACGUCAGCUAAUUCUUACCAAUCACACUGGAAUCAGUGCUCCAUUCACAGUAGAAGCUGAAUAUUUUACUGUCAAUUCCCUUGCUCCAGAACAAGGAACCUGCCUUUCUUCAAGCUACCUGGUGAAAAGAAGAGGGCCCAUCACAAAGCAAGCAGCCAAAAAAACCCAGGCAGAGUUUGCAGCAGCAGUGCUGUCUCAUGGGAAGGGAGUAGCUUUCCAGAUACAACCUUCCACAGGAACUCUAAAACCCUUCCAGGAGCUAAUCAUAGAAAUAACAGCUUAUAACAACAUGUGGGGAGAGUACCAGGAUGAUCUUGUCUGUAAGGUGGGAGACUUACAACCCCAAGUAAUUCCUAUGCAAAUGACUGUGAAAGGCUGCCCAAUCUUCCUGCAGAUGAUAGGACCAGAAGCAGAGCAACCCAUCAUCAGGUUUGGCACUCAUGUCCCUGGGGGCUCUCCUGUCCUUCGGAAUGUCCAGCUCAACAAUCCCACUCCCUUUGACAUCCGCCUGGACUGGCAAGUGUACAACCAAGAGCAAGGUGACAAAAAGCUGGUGGACCUGUUGAUGUUCUUUGGAGACCAUUUUCCUCUCAAGGACGUGGGUGAAAAUGAGUCUGCAUCAACUGGUGGCACCUCAGAGAUGGUGUUAAAGUUGGAUCAAACUCCUGUUCCCUGCAGAAGCAUUUAUCCAGCCUCACAAACCACAGAUGAGUCUUCAAAUGCUGACAGCAAAGAGGAAACCAUCACUCAAGAACCUACAGUCCAGGAGCUUGUGUCUGUGCUUAUACAACCUCAUGAAGGGGUUCCUGCAGACAGCCCCUACUCCAUUACUCCAAGACAGAUAGUGAUUCCAGGAGGUGGCAGCAUCUCCGUUUGCAUCUCCUUCACCCCCUGCAUCCCACCAGAGACCGUGCCUGAACUGCAGUGUGAUGGGUUUGUGCUGGGUUUCAUGAACCUAGAUGACCAGCAUGCAAAGACAGUGCCUGGCAAAGUGCAUCGCAGAGAGGGCUAUGAAGCUCCACCCCUACGAAUAGAAUUGGAAGCUUUUGUGAGGUCUGCUCUGUUAGAAGUAGCCACGGAUCAUGACAAAGGGAUGGUGUUCAAUUCAUUGGCAAGUGAUCUCCUGCCAGAUCAGCCUCUGUCAGGAGUUUUGACAGAUUCAAUAAUGACUCAAAAGCUGAGACUCAUCAAUCGCACUAAAGUUCCUCUGUACUUCAGGCUCCUUCUGUCUACACCCUUCAGCCUGUCCAGCACAGCUCCCAAAAAGAGCACCAAAACACCCCACAGCAAGGAGGAGGAAAUAGAGCAGCAACCACAACUUGUACUUUAUCCACAGCAAAACAUGCUGGUGAAAGUGUCAUUUCACACAACUCUGGAGUUACUUACAUAUCAACAUUUGCCAGAUACCCAGCUGCUUCCUGGCCUGCAAGUGCUGCAGCUUGAGAAUGGAGAGAAAAAGCUGAAGUUUCAUCAAAAUCUGGUGAUUGAAUACAGCAACCACACCACCCAGCUGGUCCCAGUGACUGCAUACCUCACUGUUCCAGUUCUGGAGCUCUCUUGCAACACACUUGAUUUCCAGACCUGUUUCGUUGCACAGACCAAGACUGAACACGUCCUCCUGUGUAACAGGAGUGCCUGCAGAAGUUACUGGACUGCUUUGCUGGAUGAACAGGAAAAGCACAAGGAGCUGGAAGUAUUUUCUGUCUUCCCUACUCAUGGCAUUUUGGAGGCACGUGAAGGGGACUCCCCUACCAAACAGAUCCUGCAAAUCAGCUUUACUGCAAGGAGUGACACUGAAUAUGCAACCACUGUGACCAUUUCUGGGAUGCUGGGAGAGAACCCUUGCAGGCUACAGAUCAGGGGCCAGGGAACAUAUGAUGAAAAGUAUGAAAAUCUGUAUUUAAUAUAA